GCAUGCCCCCCUGCUUCUUACCAGCAUCCAUGGCAAGCCAGGUUGGGCAGCUGCCGCCGGCGUCGUCGUGGCCACUGCCCGUGAUCAACCUUGGCAGGCUCAGCAAGGACCCGGCCACGCGGGCGCUUGCCAUCCAGGACAUGGCGCGCGCGUGCCGCAAGCAGGGAUGCUUCGAGGUGGUAAACCAUGGUGUCAGCAAAUCCAUCAUGAAGGGCGCCCUUGAAGCCGCCUCGGAGUUUUUUGAAACUUCACCGGAGUACAAAGAGUUGUUCGCAUCGACCGACAUCCGACGGCCUAUCAGGUAUGACACGAGUUCGAGGGACGGGAUCAGCAAAGCCAGGUCAUUCCUAAAGCACUACGCCAACCCUCUGGAAGACUGGGUACAGUACUGGCCAAUGCAACCGCCAACGUAUAGGAAGAAGAUGGGGGACUAUGCUGUUGAACUACAGAGAGUGUCAAUGCAACUCAUGGAUGCUAUUCUCCAGGGUCUAGGACUAGAACCACUGUACCUGCAAGAAAAACUUGAGAAUGGAAUGCAGUUCCUUGCAUUGAACAACUACCCACAAUUUUCACAUCAAGGUGACAAGGUUGGAUUGGCUGCCCAUUCCGAUUAUGGCUUCCUCACCAUCCUGCUGCAGAGCUCCCCAGGACUUGAAGUGAUGCCCCAUGACGAGAACACCUGGACGGCUGUCCCUGUAGUCCCUGGGGCCCUCCACGUCCAUAUUGGGGAUCACCUGGAAGUCUUGAGCAAUGGUCAGAUCAAGUCCCUUGUCCAUCGAGCCGUACUCAAUCCUGAUGAAGCAAGAAUUUCUAUUGCCAGCAUUCAUGGUCUCCCCAUGGAUGAAAAGGUUCGCUGUGCUGAGGAACUGGUUGAUGAGGAGCACCCAGAAAUGUACAGGGAAAGUAGCUUCCAGGACUUCCUCGACUUCCUACCAUCAAAUAUCAACAACUACAAGAGAUUUGUUGAGAGCCUCAAGAUCGACAGAGCUUAAAAAGAAAACAUUGGUUUCUGCUGCAUCAGAACAUAGCUAAAUGGCAUUCCUCAGAUAAGACUGUAAGCUAGAUGAAACAAAAUUUGGGUGUUUUUAAACUGGGUAUUGUAACAAGGAGGGAUUUCUAUGCGGUUCAGCAGUCCCACAUGUGAUCAGUUCCUAUUUGAAGAUACAGAUUCAUAUAGCAAACACAAUUGGUGCUGAUAUGUUCUACAGAGCUCCGCCCUUCAAGUGAUAUCAGUUUGAUGCCUCUCUAGAAGUUGAGUCUAGUUCUACAUUCUUAAUACUACAAAUGAUCAUUUAAUUAUGGCUUAAUGCUUGAGGACCAGCCUAUAUUUACUGUCGUGCUGUACCAUAUAUGUACCUCCUACUACUACAGCACCAGCAGUGUAUAUGUAGUUAGUAAUCGGUGUGGAUAACAGGAUAAGCUAUUCAAUCAAUAGAGCUGCACCCGGGCUCAGCCUGGCUGCAUCCGGCUGGACAGAGGUGUGAUUAGCAAGAUUCCCCUUUUCUGUCUUUGGGGAAAUGCACAGCUGCAUGUCUUUCAUUAAAAGGAGGAUCAAAGGAACCUUGCUAGGCUUUUCAGGUUGUUGGUCUCACACUAUCAGUUAAAUAAGUAUA